CUACAUUUCACAAUCAGCUGGAGUUUGUAACAUUUCUCUUCCGGAAGAGGCUGGACCUGGGCACUAGGAGAUGGCUUCUUUACUGUGCUGUGGCCCGAAGCUGGCAGCUUGUGGCAUUGUCCUCAGUAUCUGGGGAGUGAUUAUGUUGGUCCUACUGGGAAUCUUCUUCAACAUCCACUCGGCUGUUCUGAUUGAAGAUGUUCCCUUAACUGAGGAAGACUUUACUACCACUGAUGCUCCACAGAGAAUCUAUCGAAUCUACGAGCAAGUCAGCUACAACUGCUUUAUUGCAGCUGGAAUCUACAUUGUCCUGGGAGGGUUCUCCUUCUGUCAGAUUCGCCUUAACAAACGCAAGGAGUAUCUGGUGCGCUAAGACAUCUCAUUAUUUAUUUAAAGUGCUGCCACCCUCUAACCCAAGCAACUGCUGUUACCUUUUUUAAAUAUUCAAAGAUCUCUCUCUCUCUCCCUCUCUCAUCAAUUGUUGAAACAAAAAUAAAAUUGUACUUGAAAUUUAAAUGAUGUGGUGGUGGGUGGCAUUCAGAUGUGUCUGAAUAAAUGUUACAAGGUGUUUGCUUGAAAACUUUCUUGUGGGAACCUCUUGUUGAAAGACUUUUUUCUUUUCACCUCCCUUGCCCCGUUCUCAUUGUCCCUCUGGAAUCCUUCCAAGUUGUGUAUUCAUCAUUACAUGGUCACACAUAAGCCGCAUCAGAUUUGGUGGUACUUUGAAGCCUGACAACGUCAAAGCCAUUUUGUUGCCGGAGUGGGUGAGGUUGGGAUGGAAGAAUAGGCUGUGGUGUUGAAACUGUGAACGUCUAGUUUGUCUUCCUAGAUACUCUACUGUGAAGGAAUGUAUCCCAUUUGGUGGCAGGACUGUUGUGAUGCUUUUAUUUUUGGAGUUAGUGGUUAGAAGGAAGGGGAGGACUGUCUCGCAGGACUUUUGGGGUGGUCAGCACAUUAAUUUGUGUAAAAGCAAAAUAGUGCAGAUGCUGGUAGUCUGAAGUUUUUAAAAAAAACUAAUUCUGGAGAAACUCAGCAGGCCUGGCAGCAUCCACGGGAGGCGUAAACAGUUAACACUCCAAGUCUUGUAUGACUCCUCUUCGUUUCCAAAGAAGAAUAGUGUUGAACUCAACAUUAACUGUUUUUUGUCUCCCCAGAUGCUUACCAGACUUGCUGAGAUUCUCCAUACUUUGUGUCAGAUCCCUCUGGCAUUCUAUAGGUGUUGUACUCUUGUUGCUAUGGUAAUAGGCCUGCUUGGAGUUGGACUAAAGCUUCGAGGCCUAACCAUUGCUGAAUAAGGGCAGGGGAAUUUCCCUGGCCAUCUUUCACCCCAGUGUUUGUUUUCAGGACCAAAACUAAUCUUGUGAAGGAAGCACAGGCAAAGCAAGGAUCUGGACUACGGUUUCUGUUACCUGAUGAAAAUUGGAAUCUCUUUAAAUAAUUUUCUAAUUUUGCAGAAAUAGAGGGGAGGAGAAACAUUGACGCUUGUAUUGCACAUCAGUCAGUGUCAGUCACUGACCCAUCCGGAUGUGUUUAGAGAGUGAUUUCAGAAGAUUCCCAUUUCCUUUCCAAUUCCAUUAUUUCACAACCAAUUUUUCAUAGCAAGAGAAGUCUACAAAUAUUAAUGUAGGACCUUGAGUCACGAGGCCCUGUCUGUUCAUGAGAAACUUUUAUUUUUGUCAUUUUUUUUGAAGUUAUAAUUUGAGUAGUUUGUGUUGAUGUAACUGUGGAAAACAAAUGUAAAUGAUCCAUUAUUUGAAAUUUUAGAAUAAUAAAAUGGAUGAAAUUCACGGUA